CUAUAGAGUUCUUGACGAGCACAAGGCCAGAGCCGACGUGGUCUUGCUUGCGGCUGCGAAGAAGAAAGCUCGUCAGUUGCAGUACGAGGUGCGCUGGGUUGCCGUCUCGCAGUACUACCACUACUACCUGCACCAAAAGAUGACCAAAACUCAAGCGCAGAAGCUACGACUUACCUUGAGCAAGGAGCAGUUCAUGAUGGUUGUUCCUCGUUGGUGCUAUGGAAGGCAUGACGGAUGGGCGAGUUUGGUGGAUAGGUGGCUCGGCGCCGAUGCAGAGUUUGCUGCCAAGAGCAUCAAGGCCCGGGCUAACCGUGGAGACGACGGGACACACGGCCAAGGAAACAGGAACCACUGGGGCUUCAAGGCCAUGAAGGAGGACAAGUUGAAGAGGCCGCUCUCAGACAUGGAGUCGUGGAAGCUGGCCCGCGAGCGGAGUCAUCGCAAGGAGGGCGAGAGCCAGUACUACGGCAAGACCGAGGAGCACCUGGGGUCUUACAUUCAUCACUAUCAGGAGUUGCAUCCGGAUGUUCCUGUUGCUGAGGUCGCCCAGUCUCAGAUCGACGACACGGCGGUGGUGGCCAUCCAGGGGAAGAAGAAUGGCCGGUAUCCGUGUUUCGAUGGCUUGAUCACUCCUUCGAUCUCGUACACACGGCUUCGGGCUAGCAACCCGAGCCAGUUAGAGAGUACGGGGCGUUCACAGACUCCCUUAGCCCGCCAGCAUGCUGCAUAUAAGGAGUUUGUCGAGCAUAGGAAUCUCGAGGUGCGGGAGUACUUGAAACGAGUGAAGGCAAACGAUGAUUACAACCGUCAGAUGAUGACGGCUAUGUUGGCGUCUUGGACUAACCGCACGGAUCCACCACAAAUGGGACCCCCACCACCACCUGCGGGAGAACCCCCACACGUGCCCACGUUCGAUGAAUGGGUGGCACUAGGCAGCGAUGGUUCGGGGACCGGUGGCUCGACUCCUGCUCCGUCGACCCCAGUCACUCCGAUCUGGCAGAGUGGUGGUGGUCGCGAUGACGGUUUUGGCGGAGGUGGUGCUUUUGACGGAGGUGGUGGUGGUUAUGGCGGAGGUGGUGGUUUUGGCGGGGGUGCUCUUGCUUGA